UAAAGAUUGACAACGCAAAUGGGGAGUAAAAAAGAGGUUUUCCUCAUCGCCAUCACUAUAUUAGAAGGCAGGCAUUACGUCUGGCCCAACAUGGAUUCCGCCGUUAUCAUAAGAAUAGAUAACAUUCAAAAAUCCACGACAGUUAAACGAAACACAGACGCUCCCUAUUACAACGAGUACUUCGUAUUCGAAUUUUUCUCCUCAUUAGAAGACCUAUUGGACAAAACCAUUGCGAUAUCAGUCGUAAUGCCGAGCACGAUCUGGCGGCAUCGGAAAAUUCUCGGGUACAUUUCCUUCGACGUGGCCACAGUAUGGCAGCAAACGAAUCACCAGUUCUACCAUAAAUGGGCCAUAUUGAGUUCGAUGAAGACCGAGGCUUACGUGGGGCCCAGGGGCUAUUUGAAAUUGGAUAUAUCAGUUUUGGCCAAAGGGGAAAUACCGAAGGUCUCGCCCAAUGUUUUUAACGAUGAAAUCGAAGGCAAUUUACUCCUUCCCGAAGGAAAAUUUACAGAAAGGCAAAAGGCUAAGUACAUAUUCGAAAUUUAUUGCUGCAAAAAUUUAGCCAAUAAACCCAUAAAUUUCAUCCAAGAAAACACUGAACUGACCGAAAAAACUAAAUUAUUGGGACCAACUACGUUCGUAGAAAUAACUUUUGCUGGAGUUUCUGUAAGAACUUCGACAAAAAAGAACACUUCAUCUCCCCAAUUCAACGAGAAACUCACAAUAAUCGAUUUGUUCCCGCCGCUCUGCCAAACCAUCAAAAUCGAUGUUUGCUAUGGUGAUACCAUAAGGAAAUUAGUGCAUUCUGAAAAACUGAUCAACCUGAGGCAAAUUUCCAACGACCACGACGAAGGAUUCCUGCCCACUUUAGGCCCCAUCUACCUUCAUUUGAGCACCAAAAACCAUCUAGAAGGAUACGCUGGCACUAUUUUAAUGGCCAUGAACACAGAAGUCAACGAUCUUAUUCUUGCCAGCACUAAGAAAGGAACUCUAGUGGAGAGCAUUCAACCGAUUAACGAGGAUAAAUAUUUCGAUUCGGAGGGAAUAACCCUUCUAACGAUGAUUUACGAAGUGACAGCGCUUAGUAAAAAAUACACCAAGAAACCGGUGACUAUAUUGAUGACAUUUGGAGAUACACUGAUACAAAAGAAAACCUUUGAUGGUAUCGAAACAACUCCUAUAAAUUCGACUGGAGGAUUGCGUGCGGCAAAAUUGGCCAAAAGUUACUAUUUCUUGAAUUUAUUCGACGAAAAACCUUGCUUGUGGAUUUUCAAAACAGUGCCGUAUUUUAAAAAAAGGGUCUACAAUUCGAAUAUCUUGAAUAAAAUAGCGCGAGGAUUGAAAUUGAAAUUGAACGAAAUAGAGGCGCUUUUCGAUGCCGAUAACAGUAAAGAAACUUCUUUAAUUGCAUCGCAAAAAUUACUGGACGUGAUCGAUUUUGUAUUGGCAGCAGGAAAGAAAUAUAUCGACAUUAUCAGUUCUUACAGCGUCGAAUUUAAUACGAAAUUGGACAUUCAAAGAACGAAUUUGUGUAUAAAAGAAAUGACUGAUAUAAUUGAAAAAACCGCCUCGCUCGACGGGAAAUAUUCCAAUAAGAAAACCUUCAGAAAACUUCAAAAAGUCUACAACAGAAUAGACGUUUUAAUAAACGACGUUCAGGACUGCUGGCCUGACAUAAUCCUGUGGUUAGUUCACGGGGUCAAACAAGUAGCCCUUUGCAAAAUUCCUGCGAGGGACGUAAUUUUCUCGCAGGUUGACGAAGAAAGAGGCGACUUUUGCGGCGUACAACAAACACUUUCUUUUCACGAUCAUUAUCCAGAUAAGAAACAUCUAGCGGCCAAAAUGGAAAUGAAGAUGUUCCUAAUUUUGGACCGGCAUAAACCUGCUUGUAAAGCUGAAUUACCGCCUGAAAUUAAUUACGAUAGUAUCGAAACAAUACCCACUUGCUUAACAACAAAAUCGAAACAACGCGUAGAACUGCGAUGCUACAUUUUCCAAGGCAAAAUAAUAGCAGGAUUUGAUAAAACUGGAUUGGCCGAUACGUUUGUAAGGAUUAUUUCGCAGAACCAACUCAAGGACACUCGGGUAAUUACCAAGUGUUUGAAUCCAAUUUGGGAUCAAACUCUCGUUUUCAGCGACGUUGUAAUAGACGAAUUCCAUUUCCCUUCGAUUAUACUGGAAAUUUACGAUAAGGACGAAAUGGUUACCUCUGAAUUCAUCGGUAGAACGAUCGUAAAACCCUAUUUAAAUACCCACAAUAACGAAUACGAGCCUCCAAAAUUGACUUGGAUAAAAGUUCAUUAUAAUGAAGAAGUGUCAGCAGAAGUACUGAGUGCAUUUGAAUACGUUGAACUUACAGAAAACGAGGGUAAAAGCAAACGAAACAGUAAAAUCGUUAGCAUUCCAGUAGAAAUUAAACCGCAAUUGGUUCCUUAUAAAAUGGAAGUGUUAUUUUGGGGCGUCAGAGAGUUGGGAAAAGUGAAUUUCAGCUGUAUCAAAAGACCAAGAAUCUCCAUCUUUUGCGGUGACAAUGUCCUUUAUUCAGAUACUUUGGAAAACGCUCAUAAGAACCCCAAUUUCGAGCAGCAAGUUAAAUCUCUAUCACUGAUUUUACCAGUAGAGAGGGAAUACAUGCCUCCGUUGAGACUCAGAAUGCAAGAUAGUCGCAGAUUCGGAGUGUACACUCACGCGGGCGUCCACAUAACAAAAAUUUCCCCCUUCCUUGUGACACCAACGUUACUCGAAGACAGGCGGAAAUUAUUGAACCACUCCAGCGCACAUUCCCUCGAAACUUGCAAAUCAUCCUCAGCAUCAACAUCGAAGGUAGAAACCCUCCACAUAAACAUGUACCAAGAGGAAAACGGUAUCGAGCAACCAGAAAUUGCCACCAAACGAGUAGGAGGUCUUCUGUAUCGAAUGUGUUCCUGCGUUUGUAGACCGUUAGAAGAGCAGGAAUCGCGAAUCAAAUCUCCCAGCUACUCCAACACCACGUACGAAACCUUUAUCGCAACGCAGGAAUAUGUUGAAGAUUACGAUUGGUGGUCGAAGUUCCACGCGUCCAUACAGGAUACUAAGAAUGUAGAAGAGGAAGCAGUGAAGAAGAUCAGAACGUUGAAGAUAUACGAAAGCGAGUUGGAACAACAACCGGAGUUCAAAGGAUUCGCCGACAUACUGACGGCAUUUCAAAUAAUGAAAGGGAAACGCACAGGUGAUAAUAUGAUAGACAAAGUCAACAUCAGCGGGGUGUUUAAAGGAUCCGUGAGAAUUUACCAGUGGCCGUUGGAAGGCGACUACGUCGGACCGGACGGUUAUCCUUUAGAGGACGGUAUUUACAAUAAUUACCCGGACAACACGCCUCAACGUUUCCUUUUGAGGGUGUACAUCAUCAGAGCUCUGGGACUGAGGCCUAAGGAUCUCAGCGGGCUCUCGGAUCCUUAUCUGGUCCUCAAGUUGAACGACCAAAUAUUGAACGACAAGAGUAAUUAUGUCGCCAAAAACGUGAAUCCAGAUUUUGGAAGGUGCUUCGAAUUCAAAGGCACGUUUCCGCAAGACUACCUGCUGAAAAUCUCCGUUUGGGACAAAGACAUCGGCACCGCCGACGACCUGAUAGGCGCCACCGAAAUCGACCUGGAGAACCGAUUCUACUCCAAGCACAUGGCCUCCUGCGGCAUCUCGGAGGCGUACGAAGAAACGGGCUACAACGCCUGGCGCUGCCCCUACAGGCCCUCCAUGAUACUGGCCGACUUGUGCAAGAGGUACAACCUCGACGAGCCGGCGUACGAAGGGCAUUCCGUCCGCAUCGGCGGCAGGGAGUUCUCGUCAGGUGGCGAAGAGGACGUGGAGGUUCUGGCGCUGGCCGCGCUGCGGCGCUGGAAGGAGAUGCCUGCCGUGGGGUUUCCUCUGGUGCCCGAGCACGUGGAGACGAGGUCGCUGUUUCACCCUACCAAGCCGGGAAUCGAGCAGGGGAAGCUUCAAAUGUGGCUGGAUAUAUUCCCGGCGUCGGAUUUACCGCCACCUCCGAAAGUGAAUGUCAGCAUAAGGAAACCAGAGGCGUACGAGUUGAGGGUCGUUGUUUGGAAUACAGAAGAUAUUGUACUGGACGAAGAUGAUUUUUACAGCGGGGAUAAGAAAAGCGAUAUUUACAUUAAAGGGUGGGUGAUUGAUCCGGCUCAAGCUCAAUACACGGACGUUCAUUACAGGUCCCUAACGGGCGAAGGGAAUUUUAAUUGGCGAUUCGUUUUCCGUUUCGAUUAUUUGCCAACGGAAAAUAAAAUCGUUGUAAGGAAAAAAGAAACGGUUUUUUCGGUGGAGCACACGGAAUGUAAGAUACCCUGCCAAUUGACCUUGCAGGUGUGGGAUAACGACACGUUUUCCAAGGACGAUUUUAUAGGUACUGUAACAUUGGAAUUGGCCAAAUUGCACAGACCUGCCAAAGCAGUCAACAAAUGCACCUUGCACAUCGUCGAAAAAGGAGCUCCUACCAUCAAUCUCUUCAAAAUCAGAAGAACAAAAGGCUGGUGGCCGCUCAGAGGCGUCGAUCGAGUCACGAAAAUGGAAAUAUGCGCGGGAAAAAUCGAAGCGGAAAUGGAUUUGCUGGCGGUCGCGGACGCGGAUAAAGAACCGGCCGGUUUGGGACGGCGCGAACCCCAAGCUCUUCCAGCUCCAAAUCGGCCUGAUACUUCUUUUUCUUGGUUGAAGAACCCGUUCAAAGCGCUCAAGUUUCUCAUGUGCAAAGUGUAUAAAUGGAAAUUGCUAUUUUUCCUUCUCAUUGUGGUAUUAGUUUUAAUGGCGGUGUCGUUUUUCUAUGCGUUACCCAAAACUAUGCUAAAUGCCUUUUUUGCUCAUAUUUAGUAUUAUUUAUGUAUAUUUAUAUAAUGUAAUUAUUUUGCAAUAAAAUAUUCGACUAGCUCAA